AUGAAUUCCAAAAGCCUCUCAAAAACCCAUAUAAUCAAAGAUUAAAUGAAGAAUCAAUAAAUACCUUAUAAAUCGAUGGAACGUCUUUCGAUAUGUUAACCUUUCAGCAACAAUGAAUUUUUCAACCGAUAAAAAUUGUAUGAUGAUUUAUACAACACUAAUCAAUUCAAAUGUGAAAGCUUAAACUUUGUGACUACAGAGAAGGGAAUCAAACAAAGUAAGUAUAAGGACAUUGUUGAGUCAGCAAAAUUAAAAUAUGCUUAAUCACCAAAUAAUCUCAGAAACAAUAUAAUAUAAUUACAAUAAAACUCAAUUACAGACAUUGUAGAAUAAUUGAGAAAUCAAAAGAAAGCUAAUAAUGUCAAACUUAAAAAUAAUGCUAACAACCUUUAGAAAUUUUAGUAAUUAAAUCUGAAUUUCAUUUUGAUUAUAGCUAUUCCAUUAAUAUGUAGCUUGGUAGUACUUUUUGAAAUGACAAGAAUGGAAGGACAAAAUACAAAUUGA